AUGGGUCGUAAUACAAAUUAUGCACGUAAUAUGCUUCUAAAUGACUCGGAUUCUGAUGAUGAUUUUGUGAUAACUGCACUUCUUACAUUGGAAGAAGAACGAUUAGAAAGAGAGAGGGCGUCAACAUCACAUCGUGAUUCUGUUCUAGGUCGUAAGUUCAUCCAACGUGAUCAUGGGCAAGGCCACCAAAGACUUUUUCAAGACUAUUUUGUAGAAUCACCAGUAUAUCCUCUUAACGUAUUUCGAAGGAGGUUUCGAAUGAGUCGUUCUCUUUUUUUAUGUAUUAAAUCUAAUCUAGAAGAGAAAGAUGAAUAUUUUGUUCAAAAAAGAAAUGCUGCCAGAGUGCUUGGUUUGUCUUCCCUUCAAAAGAUGACUGCCGCACUAAGGAUGCUUAUGUAUGGAGUAGCAGCGGAUUUUACAGAUGAAUAUGUGAGAAUUGGAGAAAGCACUACAAUAGAGUGUCUCAAAAAAUUUGUUGAAGCCAUAGUCGAUAUUUAUUCUACAGAGUACUUGAGGUCACCAAAUAGCAAUGACAUUGCUAGGUUGCUAAGAGUUGGUGAAAGUUGUGGAUUUCCAAGGAUGCUAGGGAGCAUUGACUGCAUGCAUUGGGAAUGGAGGAAUUGCCCAUCGGGGUGGAAAGACCAUUCUUUUAUAUUUACCAAGCUCGCUCAAGGCCGUGCACCUCCGGUGAAUUACAAAAUCAAUGGUCAUGAUUAUACAAUGGGAUACUAUCUUUUUGAUGGUAUAUAUCCUUCAUGGUCCACUUUUGUGAAGACAAUUCCAUCUCCACAAGGUAGAAAGAAUAGUCUUUUUCCUACAACUCAAGAGUCAACUAGGAAGGAUGUAGAGUGUGCAUUUGGAGUGCUUCAAGCACGAUUUGCAAUUGUUUGUGGGCCUGCACGUCUUUGGAGAACAGAGGCUCUUGAUUACAUUAUGAAGGCAUGCAAAAUAUUGCAUAACAUGAUAAUUGAAGAUGAACGUGAUGCCAAUGGAGCAGAAGACCUUGAUUAUGAACAAGUGCCUGAAAGCAUCCCUACAACAGUGUCCUAG